AUGUCGUCGUCGGGGGAAGAUGUUUUGGUUCAGUUCACCAACUGUAGAUUGGUAAGGAACCAUCAGCUCAUCAAAGAUGAUUUAUGGAUACGGAAUGGACGAAUCGUCAAUCCGGAGCCGGUGUUUUUCGAUGAAAAGAAGUUGGCACACAAACGAUACGAUUGCAAUAAUGCCAUUAUUGCAGCGGGGUAUAUUGACCUCCAAAUCAAUGGUGGUUUUGGUGUUGACUUUUCCUAUGAUACCGAUACAGUAGAAGAAGGUAUCAACAAAGUUGCAAGGGGACUAAUCAAAACCGGAGUAACCUCAUUUUGCCCAACAAUUGUAACAUCCCCAGUGGAAACAUAUCGUAAAGUAUUACCACGCAUUCCCGAAAAAACCAACGGUGCCGGAGUCCUAGGUGUUCACCUUGAAGGACCAUUUAUAAACAUAAAUAAGAAGGGAGCUCAUCCCGAAGAAUGCAUAAAGACAUUGGAUAAUGGAUUUCAAGGCCUCCUUAAUGUCUAUGGCACACUGAAGAAUGUCAAAAUCAUAACUCUUGCACCGGAACUGGAAUCAUCGGACAAAGUAAUUAAACAACUAACGGACCAAGGAAUAACAGUUGCUGUGGGCCAUUCGACAGCUAGCUUGAUACAUGGUGAAGUAGCCGUACAAAAUGGUGCAUCUUUAAUAACGCAUUUAUUCAAUGCCAUGUCAAGUUUUCAUCACCGAGAUCCGGGUCUAGUUGGUCUUCUCGCUUCGGAUGCUAUACCUAAGGAUCAAACUGUUUAUUUUGGUAUUAUAUCAGAUGGUGUUCACACUCACCCUACUGCCUUGCGUAUUGCUCAUCGAACCCACCCACAAGGAUUAUGUCUAGUUACAGACGCCAUAUCUGCCCUUGGAUUGGAGGAAGGCAUCCACCAUAUUGGUCAAUUUAAACUUGAAGUAAAGGAUUCCAAAGCAUUUGUUGCCGGUACCAACACACUCUGUGGCAGUAUCGCUCCCUUAGAUGAAUGUGUACGCAUUUUCAGGAAAGCAACAAACUGUUCGACUGUAUACGCAAUCGAAGCUGCUACUUUACAUCCAGCAAAAUGUUUAAAAAUAGAAAAGUCAAAAGGAACCCUUGACUUUGACUCAGAUGCGGAUUUUAUAAUUUUGGACGAUGAUUUGAACGUCUUGUCAACGUGGAUCGAUGGCCAAUGUGUGUAUUGUAAUAAUAAUGUCACAAAGAAAAUAUUUGACUGUAAUGGUUCACGUUUAAAUUGA